AUGCUCUCUUCGCCUUCACCAUGGACGUCGGGCAUGUCGACCUCGCCCGUCGAAAUGCUCGUCACCCGGGCAUGCAGCCCUUCUCUCCCGGAGCCCAACUAUGCACUACAUCUCGAGGUGGCUGAGUACAUCAACAACAAGAAGGCAAACACACCGCGGGAAGCAGCUAUGCUCAUGGCCCGCCUCGUCAACCACCGCAACCCCCACGUCGCCAUGCUCGCCCUCGCCCUCCUCGAAACACUCGUCCAGUCAUGCGGAUACCCCUUCCACCUCCAGAUGUCCACCAAGGAAUUCCUCAACGAGCUCGUGCGCAGGUUCCCCGAACGCCCGCCUCCCUUCCCGGGCCCCGUGAUGUCCCGGAUCCUCGACCUCAUCAACGACUGGAAGAGCGGCAUCGCCUCCGAGUCGCGCUGGAAGGAGGACCUGGGGAACAUCCGCGACAUGCACCGCCUGCUGACCUUCAAGGGCUACCGCUUCCGUGACCGACCGCGCGCCCCGCCUGUCGCCUCCGCAUCGAACCUCAAGACCGCGGACGAGCUCGAGCAGGAGGACCGCGAGGCGCAAGAGGCGAAGCUCCAGGAGCUCAUCCGCCGGGGGACGCCGCGCGACCUCGCCGCGGCGCAGGAGCUCAUGAAGACGCUCGCGGGCGCGAACCCAGACGCAAAGCCGGACUACCGCACGCAGGCGCUCACGGAGCUGAACAAGCUCGAGAGCAAGGUUAUCCUGCUGAACGAGAUCCUCGACAACGUCGACACAACGCGCGGCGAGAGGUUUGCGCAGGGCGACGUGUAUGAUCAAGUCGCGUCGAUAUUGCAGGCAGCACGGCCCAAAAUCCAGGGGUGGAUAUCCAACGCCGAGACGGAUGAUCCAGAAUCGCUAAAUACGUUCUUACAAAUUAAUGACCAAAUCAACACUGUGCUGCAUAGGUACGACUGCUACAAGAGGGGCGACUUCGCUGCGGCGUCGAAUCCCGUCCCGCCAGAGCUUGGCGGCGGCAAGCAGGAUCUCUCGCUCAUCGACUUCGACGACUCCGACAGUGCGGCGGCGAAUGGGUCAUCUGCGGCAUCCGCAGCGCCGAUGGAUGACCUGGCGAGCUUGUUCGGCUCUUCAUCCACCGCAAGUUCACAACAGCCGCAGCGGCCUCCGAUGGGGAUGGGGAUGGGGAUGGGUGGCAUGGGCGCGAGUACGGGCUCAAACAUGGGCAUGGGUAUGGGAUCAUAUAUGGGGACGGGGAUGGGGUCGAACAUGACAGCGCCAAUGCCCUCAAAUGGCUUCAACAAUGGCAUGGGCGGGCCUCCGUUGCUCAACCAGUUAACCCGGCCGGGCACCACGUCGCCGCCGCAGAGCGCGCCAUUAGGGACGAUCCGCCUCGGCACACCCUCGCAGUCGCUGUCACAGCCGCAGUCAGGGUCGUCUACGCCGAUGGUGAUGCCCAACUACUUCGGCACAUCCGCAUCGUCUGCGCCUACAACGGGCAUGGGUGGAGGCAUGGGCAUGGGUAGCCAGAUAGGCAUGCAGCCUGUGCAGCCGCAGUUCACGCUGCAGCAACAGCAACAGUCGCGGAUGUUUCAGCAGCAACAAGCACAAGCACAACAACCCGCUGCGAACCAGGCGCAAGGAAAAGAUCCAUUCGCGGAUCUCGUGGGCUUGUUCUAGAUUGUGCGGGGGGACAGCUUGGUGGGGAGAUAUCGUGGUGGGCUGUGGCGUCUUGGUCAGAAGGACUCUAGGUGAUGGUAGGAUGUUGUAUCUAUCUGCAGCUAGUUUUGUGUUGUUCGAACAGAAUUUGGAUCGUGGGGAUG